AUGAUGAAAGCACUGCAGAUUGACGGGUAUUGCGAUCGUGCUUCCGCAAAGCUUAAGGAAGUCAAGAAGCCUGUGGCAGACGCUACUGGGGUUGUUUGCAAGGUGGUUGCGACAUCAGUCAACCCUCUCGAUUGGCUCUUUCGCAAUGGAGUCCUGGCAGACUUGAUCCCAGUCCAAUUUCCGCAUAUCAUCGGAUGGGAUUUCUCCGGAGUUGUUGACUCCAUCGGUGAAAGCGUGACCGAUUUCCAGGUGGGUGACAAGGUGUACUGCAGGCCCGAAGUCACGAGGAAUGGAAGUCAUGCAGAAUAUAUCCUCGUUCCGGAAGACCACUUGGCACACAUGCCAAAGACCAUUUCAUUCUCAGAUGCUGCAUCAGUUCCAAUCGCGAGUAUCACUGCCUGGCAAGCACUCUACGACUUGGGUGAGCUGAGAGAAGGUGAUAGAGUUCUCAUCCACGCUGGCGCUGGAAGUCUUGGGAUUAUGGCCAUACAACUGGCAAAGCUGAAGGGUGCUCAUGUCACGGCGACAGCAUCUGCCGAGAAACAUUCUUUUGUAAAAUCGUUGGGCGCUGAUGUCGUCAUUGACUACAGGACCACUGCAUUUGAGGACGUUCUCAGCGACCUUGAUGUGGUUCUCGACACCAUUGGAGGGCAAACCCAGGCUUUGUCUUGGCAGACGCUAAAGAAAGGAGGGCGGCUGGUUGCUGUCAACGAACCAAUCGACGUCUCGAAAGCCGCCGAGUAUCCGGAGGUCAUCAGCCGUUUCCUCUCCAUCAAACCCAACAAGGAGAUUCUAACUCGAAUGGCGGCGCUUUUGGAUGAAGGGAAGAUUCGGACCAUCGUGGGUUGUGUACCGUCCAGCACCUUUACCCUGGCCUCCAUCUUCGUGGUCUUACAGCAGUCUCCUCAGUGGCAGCGGUAUGGCAUGAAAUUCCAGACCUUCCAAGAAGAGAUGUGGUGGAAAGGAUCUUUGAUAGGCCUUGGGCUGGUCUUGGGGGUUUUAGACCUGGCACGGGUGGUGGUGAUGUCGGAGGCCUCAGUGUUCUGCCAGAAACAACGGCUCACGACGUCUCACUGUACUGAACGCGGUUUGGACAAGACCUUAGUGGAGCUGCGGAAGUACGAGAACCGCCGCAAGGCGAAAGACGGCCACUUCCUCCCAAGGAAGAUCCGACGGGAGAACGACAAAGACUUCCAACCUGCUCCGCCUCCACGUUUGUGGAAGCAGGCGGUGGCUGCGCCGCCGGUCCCCAAGGGCCCGGCCAUCACGGCGCCCCCGCCGCGGCCUUCGUUCCUGCCUCCUGCGCCCACGGGGCUACAGGCACUGCAGGCAUGA